AUGGAGUUCGGCCAUUCUGGCAAGCUGAGCGAAGAUGGCAUUCAUCUUGAUAUGGAUAGGUUGAAGAAGGGUGAAGUCAAUCUAGGAACAUCAAUUAUGGCGGUAACAUUCAAGGAUGGCGUCAUUCUCGGCGCGGACUCCCGAACGACGACAGGUGCAUACAUCGCAAACCGAGUGACCGACAAGCUUACCCGUGUUCAUGACACAAUCUGGUGUUGCCGUUCAGGCUCCGCCGCCGACACACAAGCCGUUGCAGACAUUGUUCAGUACCAGCUGGGGCUAUUUGCCAUGAUGAAUGGCAAACCCCCGACCACGCAAACGGCGGCGUCUAUCUUUCAGGAGAUUUGCUACUCCAAUAAGGACCGACUAACUGCUGGUCUCAUUAUCGCAGGCUGGGAUGAGCGUCAUGGUGGACAAGUCUACAGCAUUCCUCUCGGUGGUUCCCUACACAAACAAGCAUACGCGAUUGGCGGUUCCGGAUCGACCUAUAUCUACGGUUACUGUGACGCAAACUGGAGGGAGGGAAUGGACGAGGCUGAAGCAGUUAAGUUUGUCAAGGGUGCGCUACAGGAGGCGAUCAAGUGGGACGGAAGCUCCGGAGGCGUUAUACGUAUGGUUGUUCUCACUGCGAACGGUGCCGACAGACAUCUGUAUCUACCCGACUCCGACUACCAGGUACGGCAUCAAUAG